GGGGGGCACAUCACCCGGCUGCAGGCCCUUCCAGCAAAAGCCACCGCGGCCCGUGCUGCAGCGGCCAGACGGAUGCCAAGGCCACACGGCAGGCGCGGGGACAGCCGCCGCAGCCGCCGUCCCACGCGGGCUCCGGACACCAGGGGCUGCUGAUGAAGUGAUUGAGAAGAAACAGUGAACACCUUCGUUCUGUGGAAAGGACAACAUGGAUCAGCCAUUUACUGUGAAUUCUCUGAAAAAGUUGGCUGCUAUGCCGGACCAUACGGAUGUCUCCCUCAGCCCAGAAGAGCGAGUCCGUGCCCUCAGCAAGCUCGGGUGUAAUAUUACCGUCACUGAAGACAUCACCCCGCGCCGCUACUUUAGAUCUGGGGUAGAGAUGGAGAGAAUGGCGUCGGUGUAUUUGGAAGAAGGAAAUUUGGAAAAUGCCUUUGUCCUUUAUAACAAAUUUAUAACCUUGUUUGUAGAAAAGCUUCCCGGCCAUCGAGAUUACCAGCAAUGUGCAAUCCCAGAAAAGCAGGAUAUUAUGAAGAAACUGAAGGAGAUUGCAUUCCCAAGGACUGAUGAAUUGAAAAAGGACCUUUUAAAGAAAUAUAACAUAGAAUACCAAGAAUAUUUGCAAAGCAAAAACAAAUACAAGGCGGAAAUUCUCAAACAACUGGAGCAUCAGAGCCUGAUCGAGGCCGAAAGGAAGCGGGUGGCUCGGAUGCGCCAGCAGCAGCUGGAGUCGGAGCAGUUCCUAUUUUUCGAAGACCAGCUCAAGAAGCAGGAAUUAGCCCGGGGUCAGAUGCAAAGCCAGGAAACGCCGGCGCUGGCGGAACAGAUUGACGGGAGCGCUUUGUCCUGCUUGUCUGCGCAGCGGAACAGUGCCCUGCUGAAUGUGUUCUCAGACCAGCCUCCUAAGAGCGAGGCGGCCCCUGAUGCCAAGCCCUCUCCUCCCAUAAACCGGGCUUUAAAGCCCGCGGCCGCUCUGAGCGCCGCCGUGCACAAUUUAGUGGUCGAAGGACUGCGGUGUGUAGUUUUACCAAGAGACCUUUGCCACAGAUUUCUGCUUCUGGCAGAAUCUAACACACUCAGAGGAAUAGAAACCUGUGGAAUACUCUGUGGAAAACUGACACAUAAUGAAUUUACUAUCACCCAUGUAAUUGUGCCAAAGCAGUCUGCAGGGCCAGACUACUGUGAUGUGGAGAAUGUGGAAGAAUUAUUCAGCGUUCAGGACCAACAUGGCCUCCUCACAUUGGGAUGGAUCCACACACACCCGACCCAAACUGCAUUCUUGUCCAGUGUUGAUCUUCACACUCACUGUUCCUAUCAGCUCAUGCUGCCAGAGGCUAUUGCCAUUGUUUGUUCACCAAAGCAUAAAGACACCGGCAUUUUCAGGCUCACCAACGCUGGCAUGCUCGAGGUUUCUGCUUGUAAAAAGAAGGGUUUCCAUCCACACACCAAGGACCCCAGGCUGUUCAGUAUAUGCAAACAUGUGUUGGUAAAAGACAUAAAAAUAACCAUGCUGGAUCUAAGGUGAUGUGUUCCGAAGAUUAGCACCGUCGACCCCAGACACCUACCCGUGGACGUGCGGUUGCGGAUUUUCUUAAGACGUUUCCUGAAGUGACUGAUAUUUUGUAUUUAUACAUUUUAGAUCAGAAAGUUUGAUAUUUAUUGUUCUUGCCCAUUUUGAAGUUUCCUUUUCGGGUUGCUCUGUCUCCGGAGAAGUCACAGUUGGGUUACAUCAAUAGCUAUGAAUGCACCCAGAUACUACAACCACACCAUAAAUAAUGCUGCAAACAACAGUAUGUCCGGUGUUU